UUUCAGAGCCGAAAAGAAGUAGCUUUGUUGGGAGGUAGCAUAAUGCCGCCAUCCUCUCUGAUAGGUUAAAAUAUGAUAAUGAAGCCGGAAGAGAAUGGCUCUCUGUCAUUGGCCAAAUGUGGAAUAUGUUGAAGAAAGUUGGAUCUGAUUGGGUUAAAAUACCAUGAAUUGAUUAAAGUGGACCCCAACUUAAACAAGUUAAAAACUUAUUCGGGUCAAUUGUACGGAAUAUGUACUGUACUGUGCAAUCUACUAAUAAAAGUUUCAAUCAAUCAAUCAAAAAAAGUUGGACAGUGUUGGAAUAAGGGACGCUGAUUGGUUCAUAUUACUCAGCGUGUUGAAAAUGUCAUAAAUACCGAUAAUAAUCACACUAAUUAUACUUUGGUACGCAUUAGAGGCAAACAUAAUAUAAUUUCCAACAUAUAUCCAGCUUAGAGAGUCGCCAAAAUGUCCAGAAAAGAAAGAAAACACUAAAAGCUCCUUCACACUCCAUUGGGUCUCUCUAGCGCCUCUAGUGGUAGGGAUCCCUGCCCUCCUGUUGGUUGUCAUGGCAACCAAUACACAACAGCAGCCUGUCUUCCACUACAGCAGCAUUCCUCUGUAGUUUGACUCCAAUUCAACACUUUUAACAAGUCAAAGUCCUGUAAACCUGUCAGACAUGCCGACCAGUAACGCUACAGCGCCGGUGAAAAAGAAGGUACUUGGUGCAAAGUUGCAAAAAGCUACUAAUAAAAGAAAGGAGGAGGAAGAUGACAAUGGUGACUACAGUUGGGAAGAAAGAGUCCAGGGGAAACUUAUUAAACCUGCGGAUCAACUGGAGCUCACUGAUGCUGAACUGAAAGAGGAAAUCACAAGGAUCCUGACCGCAAAAAAUCCACAUGCCCCUCAAAAUAUUGUCCGCUACAGCUUCAAGGAAGGGGCCUUCAAGCUGACCAGCGCUGUGGAUCAGAUGGCGGUCCACUUUGUCCUGGACGGGUGUCUCAUCCAUCAGGACUCGGACGAGGCUCGUCGCCUGGCAGCCCACAAAGACCUGGCUGAAGAGUCACGCACAGUGGAUUCUGGACCAGAGGAAGAAAAAACUGACAUUUUGGAUGCACCGAGGGAUGGAGGCGAGGAAGAGGAGGCCGGAGAAGACGACCGAGCAGACAGUGUUGCCUCCAAAACCAACAAUCAGGAGCCCAAAUGUACCAACCAGUUCAACUACAUCCAGAGAGCCUCUCAGACUCUCAACAAUGCACUGCGGGAUAGAAGCUGCCAGACUGCACCUCCGCCACGCCGUAACUACUCGGCCGCCGCUAGCCAGUGGGACAUUUAUGACGCGUACGUGGAGGAGAUGCACAAGCAAGAAAUGAAAAAAGAGAAACAGAAACCGAGGAAAGAUGGCGACAAAAACCAAAAAAAGGUGAUGCGCAAUGACACAGCGAGUGAUGACCAGCACAAAAUGACCACUGCCAUCAAGCUUUUGGAGCGAAUGGUCAACCAGAAUACGUGUCAUGAAAUAGCACAAGAUUUUAAAUACUUUGAGGAUGCAGCGGAUGAAUUUCGGGAGCAGGAGGGCACUCUUCUUCCCCUGUGGAAGUUCACCUAUGAAAAGGCCAAAGUGAUGUGUGUCACUGCCCUCUGCUGGAAUGAAAACUAUCCAGAUCUGUUUGCUGUGGGACUGGGAUCAUAUGAAUUCAGCAAACAGGGCCGAGGGAUGCUUCUCUUCUACACCCUGAAGAACUCCACCUUCCCCGAGUACGUCUUCCCCACACCUUCUGGCGUCCUGUGCCUGGACAUCCACCAGCAACAUUCCCACUUGGUGGCCGUAGGAUUCUAUGACGGCUGUGUGGGCGUGUACAACCUGAAGAACAAGGGACUGGACCCCGAGUACAAGAGUACUUCUAAUACUGGCAAGCACACCGACCCCGUCUGGCAGGUGUGCUGGCAGAAGGAUGACUUGGACAACAACCACAGUUUCUACUCAGUGUCCUCAGAUGCUCGUGUUGUGUCUUGGACUCUCAUCCAGAAUGAGCUAAUCUUCUCAGACGCCAUUAGGCUAAUGCUAACUGGUCCAGUGUCUGAGGGCCCAGAUGGUGUUGGUGAGGUCACCACAGCUGGUGGUACUUGCAUGGACUUCCACCGGCAGAUGGACUCUCUCUUCCUUGUUGGCACUGAGGAGGGUAAAAUACACAAGUGCUCCAGGAGUUACUCCAGCCAGUACCUCCACACCUUCCAUGCCCACAACAUGGCAGUGGACACGGUGAAGUGGAAUCCUUUCCACCCGAAGGUUUUCAUCUCGUGCAGUUCGGACUGGACCGUCAAGGUGUGGGACCACACCGUCAGCACCCCCAUAUUCACCUUUGAGCUCAACGCGUCAGUCGGUGAUGUGUCGUGGGCUCCGUACUCCUCCACCGUCUUUGCCGCUGUCACCAUAGAAGGAUUGGUGCAUGUUUUUGACCUGAGCAUCAACAAGUACCAGGCGAUCUGCCAGCAGCCGGUGGUGGCCAGAAACAAGAGCAAGCUGACUCACCUGGAGUUUAACCCCGUCCAUCCCAUCAUCAUAGUCGGGGACAACCGAGGCUGCGUUAUCAGUCUGAAACUCUCCCCCAACCUCCGCAAGAAACCAAAGUGCAAGAAAGGUCAAGAGUUGCCUGAAGGUCCUGAGGUGGAAGUCGCCAAGAUGGAGAAGCUUCUCAGCCUACUGCGGGACCCUGAGCAGAGUGCCCACUAGCCCCUCACGGUAUCUUCUCUGUUCCUUCAAUCAACUCUUUUCACUUCUGCAGAGGAAGUCUGGUUUUUGUCAGCAAUUGUAUGUCAACCUGUUAUCAAAGAGUGUAUUUCAAGACCAAGAAUAACAAAAAAGAGCAGUGCCUAGCCUAUUUUUAGGUCCCACUGUAAGUAUGCAUGCAAACACUACUUAGGGCAGUGGUUCUUAACCUGGGUUCAAUCGAACCCUAGGGGUUCGGUGAAUCGGUCUCAGGGGUUCGGCGAAGGUCUUGUUCCCUUUAAUGUUCCAUCUGAUUUGCAGGUGUGUAAAUGUUUGAAUAAUUAUGUAGAAGUUAUCACACAACUCUUAUGCUUAAAGGCCGUUGCUAUAGUUAUUAUCAAUUGCGCUGAAGUUGUAUUUUUCUAUCCGUGCAAAGGCACAACUUGUAAUCUUGCUUUGCGAGUUGUCUCGCGUCAGCAGUUUGUUUCCAGACCCUGCCUGCUGACAGCCAAGGACGGACAUCGAGUACCUCAACGCAGACAAAGCAGAGACAGGGCGAAAUCACGAGUGUCAGCACGUUUCCAUUCUGAAUAAUCACGUAUUGUGUCUACUGGGGGCUGCUUGCAUUACCCCUCCCUUCAGAAGCAGCCUCAGUGAUGUUAACUAGGGACCUCCCGAAUAAAUAGAAGAGCACGUGGGACUGUACCUUAGAGCGUAGGGUGAAACUGUAACUGAGUGUGCAGCCCAAUACGUCUCUCCUCAUGAGUGAAAUUCAACUCUGUCUCUGCUUGAUUCCUUCUUCUUGUCUUGUGUAAUAGAUAGUGCGGUGUUUGAA